GUAAAAAAGGGAACAAUAUAAGUAAAUCGCAGAAAUCUGAGGCACCUGUCAAAAUUGGAAUAUCCACUUCGGUAUCCUUGGCGACUGCCUAGCAACGGGUACAACAACAUAGCAACAUUAGCAUCCGGCCCCAGCUUAUCUCGUUGGCUGGUUCGGAUAGAGGCAGGAGUAGCCCUGGAGACGCCGCCAUGGCAACCGCAGCUCGCUUUGCAGCAGGAGGCGGUGGCAGUAGCCCGCCUACCCCCGGUCCUGCAACGUCGCCCCCUGCCCAAUCUCAGCCAACCCAGCUCAUCGUGCUGCCAGCCAGUUUACAUCAGGGGACAGCGAGUGGAACUCUGGUUAAUGGUGUACCUGUAAUUGCCUUAGAGCAGACUGGAGACUCUAGUAACGAGAGUACUGGACCAGCUGACCAGGAAACUGAGUCUCAAGAAGAUACUAUUGCUACAACAUCUCCACAUUUUAUCACAGUCACCGAUGUAUCGGAAAAUACCUACGGUACAGAAGACUGUUUAAUUCCGAAUAGCGUGAGGGUGAAGACAUAUAAAGAAGCGAAAGAAAGACGCAGGCUGUCUCUGGAAGCGGUAUUGAGCAACAAUUUCCAUAACAUUACGUUACCUCUAAUACCGAUAGCGGUGGCGUCUUCUGAUAUCGAAGGUUGGGUAAUGUUGAACUGUUGGGGUACAUUACCAACUGAAAUAACGGCUAUCGGAAUGGUAGCGGCUUUGGUACACAAAGGCUUCGUUAAAUUAGAUGAUGUUCGGCGGGAAAUGGACCGACGAGCUUGUUGGGGUACCAUGAAAUACGUGUCUGUCGAAAUAUUGGUUGGUGAUCUUUCGCAUAGGCUUAAAAUGAAAGCAUGGAUUACAUAUUACGACGAUUACACAUACAGCUUCUAUAGAACGCCUGUGUCAAACAAGGAUAGAACGGCGCGUUCUAUUACUUUGGUGAGGAUGGAUAAGCGGCGUGUCAGUGUUGAUGCUGCUGCAUCGUGGGCUGGCUCGGCCUCACCACUCACCUUCGAACUGUACCGGCGCCUGGCCGGUUUGAUGUCUGGCGAAAGACUCAUAAAAUUUAAAGAAGGUCGAUACGGAAUAAUAUUCAAAUUCAUAUUUGUUAUGGCUCGUAGGGAGGAAAAUGAACUAUUUUGGGCCUAUCCAGUGUACACUGUGGGAGACUCCACCACCUUAUAUCCCAUAACGAACGCCGGACAACCUCAAGGGCAGUACUACGCGACAGCAACGCCAACCAAUGCCGCUCCCAACUCGACCACCGCUGUGACCGGUACGACCGUGGGCUAUACCGCCGCCACUGGACAGUACGUCGUGCAACAUACGGUUGAUCCUGAAGCUCUGAUACCCUCUACUAGAAUAGGUGCACAAACUGGUAGUGCGGAAUAUGUCGCUACUACCGCGGGACAGUCCACGGGUCAGGUGGUAGCCGUAAGUUCCAACGGUGAAGAAGUAGGAUCUCCAUUGGGGCAUGCUACUAGAGUAUCUCCUGCUACUGUGCAAUGGCUGUUGGAGAACUACGAGACUGCAGAAGGGGUUUCUUUGCCGAGGUCAACUUUAUACGCGCAUUAUUUAAGACACUGCUCCGAAAAUAAGCUGGAACCUGUAAAUGCUGCUUCUUUCGGCAAGUUGAUAAGAUCGGUAUUUCUAGGAUUGAGAACGCGCCGAUUAGGAACCAGAGGGAACUCAAAGUAUCACUAUUAUGGUAUCAGAGUGAAACCAGGAUCGUCUCUUGUGAACGUCGAAGACUCUUCCAGUCGGGUGGUGCUGACUUCGAACUCCUCCGGGAAGGCGCAAGGCACGGUACGACCAUUCAAACGUAAUUCGGAGUCAUCGGAGCACCAAACAUCGAACGGGGCUCUUUUACAGCACGCAGCGUACCUAGGUGACGGUAGCAACGCCAUACCCGUUUUUCCUGACAUGCAUUUCACCGAACAGUUACCUGGAGAUUGCGGAUAUGAAGAUGUGGAUACUCUGAAAUCGAUUUAUAGGGAACAUUUGGAAGCCUUUCUUGAUGCCAUACUUAGCUUAGAGUUCAACACUGUCGAGUCGUUAUGGCGGGAAUUUUGGCGGUCGCAGUACAAUAAUAAUACGGACGAAUGUGAGGAAGAGAAGUACUUAUCAAAGUCAAAAUUAUUUUCCCUAUGUUCUUUGGAACCAGUGCAGCAAUUCAUAAAGCAAGUAGAUCUGGUUUUCUAUCAGAAUUUAAUUCAAGUUUUAGUUCCCGACGUUUUGAAACCGAUUCCUGCCACGUUGACUCAAUCCAUAAGAAAUUUUGCUAAAAAUUUGGAAAGUUGGCUGACCAGCGCGAUGGCAGGUGCUCCAUCUAUGAUGCUUCAAAUCAAGCUAUCUGCUGUGUCGGCGUUUAGUUCUAGUCUUCGCCGUUAUACGUCGCUGAAUCAUUUGGCGCAGGCAGCGCGGGCGGUACUACACAAUGGAAACCAAAUCGGACAAAUGUUGGCGGAUUUAAACAGGGUAGAUUUCCACAGUGUUAGGGAGCAAGCUUCUUGGGUUUGCCAGUGUGACAACGAAAUAGUAUCGCGAUUUGAAAACGACUUUAAGCUGACCUUGCAGCAGCAAAAUUCACUGGAACAGUGGGCGUCUUGGCUAAAAAACGUAGUUAAGAGCGCUCUGAAGCCGUACGAGGGCAGACCCAGUUUUUCCAAGGCAGCUAGACAGUUUCUUUUAAAAUGGAGUUUCUAUAGUUCAAUGGUGAUAAGAGAUUUAACUCUUCGAUCUGCCGCAAGCUUUGGAUCGUUUCAUUUAAUUCGUCUACUUUAUGAUGAGUAUAUGUUUUAUUUGAUCGAACAUCAGGUUGCUGAGGCUACUGGAGUAGUUCCAAUUGCUGUCAUUUUGGAAGGAAUUAAACAAGAUAUAAUGCAAAACAGUUUAUGCAUUUAUGGAAACAACGAUUCUGUAUAUAAUGGUGGAAAAUUAGGAUGCGUCAGUCCCACAGAACAUUUAACAAAACGACAGAAAAUCAGCUAGCCUGGACAGGUGUUGUAGGUAGUAACGAGUUUAGUCUUUGGGUCCCAGUAGGAAUAUUUUUAUAAUACUAAAGAGAUUAUUGGAAUUGUUGUUAUACGUAAAGCAUACCAUUUU